AGUACAUGUUUCCAAAGCAUGAUAAUUCUGAUCCGGCUGAGCUGGACCAGAAAUCAACCUGUACAAAACUUGGAGCCUACCCAAUUCCCAAAGAAGAAAAAAACAAGCAUCAUUGGCUGCCCAGCAGCGCAAGCACAAUGUUUGCCCGUCCAGAGCAAACUCCGUAGUCCACAAGCAAGUCAGGUUUCUUCGCCACAGAGCACCAAUCCUGAGACCACUAUAAAGAGUGGGGGAAGAAGAAACAGGGCACCGCCAGUUCGCCGUCACAGCACACCAACCGAACACCACCGUUCGCAGCAGCCAGCGGGCCAGUCGUCAUGGGCCUCUUCGGCAAGAGCACCUCCAAGCAGACCGCCAAGCUCAAGUCCCUGGUCAAGCUCGCCGCCGCGCGCCUCGCCGUCGUCCGCCGCCCGCGCCUCGGCCGCCGCUCCAUCGCCCGCAGCGACGUCGGGCAGCUCCUCUCCAUCGGCCACCUCGACCGCGCGCUCCUCCGCGCGGAGCAGGUAAUCGAGGAGGACAACAUGCUGGAGGCGCUGGACGUCAUCGAGCUCUACUGCAAAAUCCUCAUCGAGCAGGCCGCGCAGCUGGAAAAACCCAAGGAAUGCAGCGAGGAGAUCAAGGAGGCGGCGGCGGGGCUGAUGUUCGCCUCCGCGCGGUGCGGCGAGCUUCCCGAGCUGCUGGACGCGCGCGGCAUCCUGGCGGACAAGUUCGGCCGGGACUUCGCCGCGGCGGCCAAGGAGGGCGCCCUCGGCGUCGUCGACCCCACGUUGGUGCGGAAGUUGUCUGGCGAGAGGGCGAGCUUGGAGCAGAAGAGGAGGUUGGCCAAGGAGAUCGCCGCCGAGAACGACAUCUUGCUGGAGUUCCCUGAGAACCCAGUGGAUAUUCACCAAGCUGGUCGCACAACCUCACGGACCAACGGGCAUAGAGAAAGGGAACAGUCGAGGAAUGCCCCAGCCAGAGAAUCUGUCCAGAAGAGUGCGGUCAAGACGGAUCGUCCUGAGGUGCAGCGGACGCAGAGGUCUGUAGAGGGCAAGGUGAACCCGAGCCUUGCUCAGCUGAGCGUGGAUGAGAAGGUGUCGAGGGAAUCCAAAAAAUACCUCGACGCCAGGAUGGCGGCGGAGGCGGCCUUCGCAUCCGCGUCGUUCGCCGCGAUGGCCGCCCGGGCUGCCGUCGAGCUGUCUCGGUCGGAGUCCCAGGGGAAGGGAUCGAGGGGCGGUGGCUACGACAAGGUGGCCCCAGUGCUGACCGCGGCGGCAACGGAGCAAGGGACGGCGCCGCCGUCGUGGAGGCCGCAGAAGUCCCCAUCGCCGUCGCCCUCGUGGAGCGACAGGAGCACGGUGACCUCGGUCGGGUCGGACGCGGUGCACAAGGGGAAGGAGGUCGUGUUCGACCAGAGCGACGAGGAACUGGAGGACGAAGUCUGGCCGCCGCCGCCGCCGCCGCAGCUGCGCCGGCCAUCCUACAGGAGGGCGGCCUCCACGGUGGGCACGGGCGUCAGCUCCGGCGCCGGCCCGUGGCACGGGAACGCCGACACACGGCCGUUCCAGGACGGCGCGCCUGAGAACAACAACCCGCCGCACAGGAGGCACGCCACGGAGUUCGCCGGCGGGAACGGUCACGCGCACGCGCUCCACGACGCCCUGGGCGGCCAACGCGGGCAGUACGUGACCCCGCCGUACAGGAGGAACCCGGCGGCCAGCACGGGCGGGAACAGCGUCGCCGCCGCCGCCGCCGCCGGCGUGUACGAGAGCUCGGCGUACGUGCACCAGCCGUACGCGAGGGUCGUGUCGGCGCUGGAGCGCAGCAACGAGCACAUCGCGCGGCACGAGGAGGUGCGCCGGAUCGGAACGGACGCGCGGGUGCUCCAGGAGCGAGUGUACGGCGCCGCGGCGCCGGGGCAGGGGCACGGCCCGCUGAACCCGGACAGGAGGGCCAUCUCGGUGCGCACGCGGCGAUGAGCGUGCUCCGCGGUCGCGGCAUCGCAGUUCAAUUCGUGGCCACUCGUCAUUCGUCGGUUCAGACUGCAGGGCAGGGUUGGAAUUGGAAUGGUAGCUGAAUUCCCGGCGCAGGAAAUCGGGUCCGUUGCUUCGCCGGCAGAGUGGCGGUUUCAGCGGUUUCCUGCCUCUGGAAAUGGAAACGGAAGUAGAUUUUUGCUAGAACUGAAGCAUUGUUCAUGGAGCUGAAUACGGGUAUGCAUGAUUAGGUGGCCUUUUGUACAGAGGAAGGGUCGUCGAGUAUUGAGCUGUGAUUAACUGAGUUGUUUUCUGUAAAAAGUGAGGAAUUUUUGUAUCCUAGAUGUUCCUAAGCUUCAAUUCUUUCUGCUCCAGCAUUGAGAA